AGUUCUUGAAGUUCUUGUAGUUCUGUUCUUGAAAGUUGUUCAUCAUCAUCAUCACCUGCUUUAUCUUCUUUAUUCAAGUUUGUACGCUAUGAAGCACAUGAGGGACGACAGAGAGAUGGACAUGGACGGAGAGAUGGAGAGCAUCCGCACUGCCAAUUUUCUUAUGUUGCUUGCUCGUGGAAACGAGACGGAGCGGGAAUCUCAGCCGUUGAGCCGCGUCUUCGAGUGCAAGACGUGUAAUCGUCAAUUCCCUUCAUUUCAAGCUCUUGGGGGUCAUCGUGCUAGUCAUAAGAAGCCGCGGCUCCUCGACGAUCAUCAUGGCCGGAUGCAGAACUUGCAAAAGCCUAAAGUUCAUGAGUGUUCUAUAUGUGGACUGGAGUUCGCGAUCGGUCAGGCCUUAGGUGGGCAUAUGAGGCGCCAUAGAAAUACGAUAGAGGGAUUCUCUGAAGUGCAACCUGUUGUGAAGAGAUCGAAUAGUAGGCGAAUUUUCUCAUUGGACUUGAACCUAACUCCUGAUGAGAAUGAAUCGAAUAUCAUGUCGGGUGUUUUGGGUGGGAAGAUUUCUUUGGUCCAUUGAUUAUGAUACACGAGUUAUAUUAGUUUUUUUGUUUGUAUUCUUUUAAUUCAAUUUUAGUUUGUAGAUAUUCAUAUGAAUCUAUAUAUCAUUUUCAUCUUAUACACGUGGAAA